UCUUACUUAUUCAUCCAUCCAUGAUCUAAUAGUGGGUGGGUGCGAUUUUGCGCGCCAACCGUAACAACAACGGUGACUUGUUUAAGCAUGUCGACCCUUGCUGCAAGAGUGCAGCCCAGGAGAGAAGAGACUGCGCUGUUGCUCAAAAACCUGGACCUACUGCACAUAACUUCGUCACGCGGUGAGAAAUAUGAGGAGGAUGACUUCUUAGGCAAGAAUACUCCUGCCACUGUCCGGGACGUGCUGUACGGUCUCUUCAAUGCCUAUGACAAGAAGGAAGCACAGAAGAAGUUGAAAAACGUCUGGCCAGUCAAGGUUGGGGAGACUGAAAAAAGAAUUUCGUGAAGCAAUUCUCUCCUGGAUCUCAACACUAAAAGAGAACCAUGCUGGUGCACCCUUUCUUCAAGAAUCCAACUCACGUGUCCUGCUGCAGACAGGAACACCACGGUGCUCGAUGUUUCUGACCGAGCUGUCCACGUUUCUGCUAGAAAACAAACUAAAGGAUGAGGUAUCCCUGGCCAGUGAUGCUGCGCCUCUUGGCCUCUUGAAGUUUUCCACAACGAAAAACACCUGCACUUAUAAUGCUUUGCAAGCAGAGCAAAGAUCAAUCGAAGAACAAUGCGUGGAGAUUGAAGGCUUUUUAAAAAAGUGGGCAUCAUUUUCAAGCACACUGCUGCGAAAGUUGAGUCUUCUAGCAGAAAGUGAAACGCCUGAUGAUGGACCUACUAAAGAGCUGGAGAUGAUCGAUGAUGAACAAACCAUGUGGGAUGAAGUGGUUACGACUAGAAUGCAGCAAGUUGGAGAAUGGCUUGCACAGCGGGAUGGAGUCAUUGCAGUUGAUCUGAUUAGUGAAUUGGAGAAGUGCCUUGAGCUUAGCAAGCCAUUCCUUGAAGGAUACAACCAGAAAGCCCAUGGAGAUCUACACCUCAGUGAAGAAUUGGCAAGCAAGCAUGUGGAUUCUAUGAUGAAGUCCCUGAAACGAAUUCAUGCACGGAGGCAAGUCGUCUUUUUUCUCUUUGACCUGAACAUUCAGUAG